AUGUCCGAUUUUCAAUAUAUACCUGAUCCCCAACAUCCAAUUAGUAAAUUAUCUCAAGAUAUGAAAAAUUUAAAUCCUGAAGGUGUAUUAAAGUUUAGAUUCGCAAAUGAAACAGAAGACUACUCAACUUCAGAUAAAAUUGGAUUGUUUCCUCCUCCAAUCUUUAGUAGAUAUAUGAUCCCAUCACUAUACCAAUAUAAAGCUCAUGUAGGAUCAGUCUUAUCAGAAAAGAAUGGUAAACCAGAAAGAUUAAUCAACAAAUCUAGAUAUAUUUGUUCUACACCUCAAGCUAUUACAUUUGAAAAUCCUAAUGUACCUCAAGGUCCACUUCCUGAACAUUUGAAAAUGAAGAAACCUACACUUGAAGCUCUUUAUCAAAAGGCUUUGAGAUUAUUUGAAGAAAGACCAGUUUGGAGUAGACCAGCAUUUCAAAAUCAACUUACAAUAUCAGAAUGUCGAGCCUUGAGACAUGAUAAACAUCUUUUAGCUUAUACUUGUUAUAUGUUUGCGGAUGGAGCUUUUAGAGAUUUAUUAGUCAAAUUUGGUUAUGAUCCUCGUGUAGAUCCAAAUGCAAGAUUGCAAAGGAUUUCGAUUAGGAAUUUAGACAAUAAGAAAUUAUCUGAGAAAUUUACAUUUAAAUUGAUGAGACAUCCAUUUUCCAAACAAAAUGAACGCGAAGAAGGAGAAAAAGAUGUGAUUAAUAGGAAGACUCAUAUCUUUGAUGGAAUUGAAUUAAAUCAUAGUGUAGGAACAUAUCAAUUAAUAGAUAUCAAAGAUCCAUUAUUAAAACGAUUAAUUGAAUCAACAAAAGGAUUACAAACGAAAUGCAGAAUAAGAAAUGGAUGGUACACAUCUAAUGCAAUUGAACAAAUCCGAUCGAUUCUAAGACGAAAGUUUUUUAAUUUAUUAAAUGAAGGAGAUCCAAGCAUAAGCAAAGGGAAGAAAAGAUUAGUAGAUUUAGAUUUUGUUGAUUUAUUAGAAAUUGAUGUAGGGAUUGAUUCGAUCGAAGUAUUGAAGAAACCUAAAUCGGUGGGUGAGAUGAAGUAUGGUGGUAAGAAUGUUAAGUUUGACGGUAAGAUUGGGAAAGUGAUUUUAGAUGAUGAUGAUGAUGAUGAUGAAUUACAAGAAGAUAGAGAAGAUGGAAGUAAUAGGGGAACUAAAAUUGGAUACAAGCCAUUUAAAUCUAAACCUAAGAAUAGGAUCAAAGCAAGGGUUAAUACUGGUUUGAGUGAUGGAGGAUUAGAAAUGCACGAAGAAAUGGAAAAGAUGGGCUCUGAGAUGGAGAUUGAUGAUGAAAGUCAGAUGGUUCAAGGGUCUUCAAGUACGAACAAAAUUAUUCUUGAUCAAGAUGAAGAUGUAGAUGAAGAUGAUAGAGUAGAAACGUUGAUGAAACACAUUUCUGUAGAUGAUGAUGAUGAAGAGGAUGAAGAUGAUGAAGAUGGAAUGUAUGAUGAUGAUGAUGAUGAUGAUGAUGAUGAAAGUAAUUUGACUGAACUUGAAGAAGAAGAAGAAGAAGAAGAAGAAGAAGAAGAAGAAGAAGAAGAAAUGAUAGAAGAAGAAGAGAAUGAAGAAGAUGAAAGUUUUGAAUCUGAAGAAGAUUGA